GCUCAGUCCUGCGCCUUCCAAAACCCUAGAAGCAGACAUAGACAUGUUUGAUCGAUAGCCAUUAUGAAUCCACGGUAACAAUCUAUUACGCUUGUCGUGGAAUGAGUAAUACCUCAAAGUCAAUCAUUUUAGACCAUUUUUGUCGUUUUUGAUAAGUAUAUGAUUUUGGCAAUAUGGAUAACGAUAACUCGGCGCAGUUAGAAGAGCAGGUGAAGAACCUCGAACCUCGCGUAGCUUCGAAUGAUCCCAAUGAAAGAAAGUUAGCGAGAAGACUCAGGAUAGAAAGAAGAUGGACCACCAUCAAAAGGAUGACCAUGGGGCAUGUGGAGCUCACAAACGAGAUUGAACUUGAUCCGGUAGAGCAACAGAAACAGAAAAGUGCUGAGAUUCUACAGAAGUACAUUACAGAGGCUGACGAAUAUAUUACGAAUGUAAGAGUGGCUAGUGAUACUCGUGAAGCUGUUCGAAGAGAAGCUGAAGGAAUCGGUAGGAAAAUUUCAGAACAUUCAUAAAAGAAUCAGGUAGAGAAAAAGUAAUAGAUCAGCUGAACGCGGAAGCUGAGGCAGCUACGGAAAAAUUCCGCGAAAUCGCCGAAAAAUGGUCGAAAAUUCAACAAUACAACGAUCCUCUGCAUAUCCACGAAGACAUAGCAAGUCAAAAGGAAAAGUGCGACUUACUGAUCAGGCAAAAGGAUGAAAUCAUUGCCAUGUUGAGAAAUGAGCUGAAAGAAUCUGAACGAAAAUUCACUAAAGACCAAGAAAAACAAAUAAAUGAUAUCAAUAUAUUGACACAGAGAAUAGAAAAACAGAUAACGUUUAUGAGGAAGGCCUACCAAAAGGAGUAUGAGCUAAUCGAAGAAGUACUUAUGAUGGAAAGGAAAAAUGUCAUCGAAUCAAAUGAUGACAAAUGGGAUGAUCUCAACAAGAGACGUGAACAGCAAGAAAGUUUAAACUCGGAAAAGAAAUUCCAGCGGCUGGAAGAAUUUAACGAAAAGAUGACACAGACACGCAUCGAUAACCAGGAAAAGUUCAGAAAAACGAAAAUUGAACUUGAAAAAGAUAUCGAGUUCUUGCAAAGAGAAUUGCAAAGAAUCAAAACUCUAGCUCUCUUUAACAGUGAAAAACUAGACUACAACUAUCAAAUACUGAAAAAAAGGGAUGAUGAGAACCUCAUAAUCAAGUCACAGAAUAAAAGACGGAUGAACAAGCUCCAGGAUGUAAUAAACAGCAUAAAAGACAAAAUAACUGAUUAUGAAACUUCAACAAAUAACCAAAUCAAAAAUCUGACAGAAGGAAUAAAAAGAUUGCAUAGAAGCAUAAUGGACAUUGAUGCGAAAGCAAAUAGAUUUGCCACAAUCAGCGAAGAGAAAUUCCAUAAAGUAUGGAAAGUUAACAAGUCUAUAGUAGAGAAGAUAUUGAAAAGAAUUAUAGAAACUGAUAGAGUUCUGCAUGAACAACAGAUGGGUAUUGAAUGGGAGCCUCCUUCCAAAAUUGUUCUUCCAAAGACCCAAUUACUAUCUUAUCAAAAUGCUUUGGCGAUACUUCAUCCGUCCAUAACGUCAACAUUAUCUUAUCGUAGACGUGUGAGCUCUGUAGGUAUGGUAAGUAAGCAGAGCGAAGUUUCUAGUAAGAAUUUGCUCCCACGGGCAGGCCGAAAACCAGCAGCAGAUCUACCCCCUCCAGAAGAAUGUGAUGCCAACUCUACAUAUAAAAGACUAGCAAAGAUGAUUUUGAAGCAGCUGUCUGACAAAUCGGGUUUUCUUUCAGAACAACAGUUGAGACGUUUGCUAAAGGGCUACCAAGAUGACCAGAAUACUCUAGUUACAUUGAACAACAUCUUUGAGUCACUAAAGGUAAAAGACAAAAAGGAUAUAGAUCUACUUAUUGAUUACUUUGUCUCAUAUGCCCAUUGUCCAGUAUGUGCUGGUCACGAAGGAAAUGAAGGUAUGUCGCUGAGCAGAUUCAAUUCCCAAGUCUCUCGUCUGUCGACUAUAUUGACUGGUGGUGACCAAGAGGAAGCUAUCGACAUCCAGGAGCUAGAUAAAGCGUAUUAUGCUAUACAGCAACCUGAAGAGAUCAUUGAUGAAGUUGUUAUGGAGCUAGUUACUUCAGAAACAUUCUUGGAGGAAAGAGGUUUACCCGAGCGUGAUGCUUUAGAUGAAAUUUGUGGAGAAGCUAUGUUGGACCAAUAUUACAUGGAUGCUAACGAGUUAAGAGGAGUGACCAAGAAGAAAAUAUUCUUGGCUGAUGAAAGAUUCUUAUGCCAAUUCAGUCAUCCCUUGGUGAUCAGUUCGAUCUACAGCAUCAUUGCUCUAAAAGAGUUCGUUGCGGGCUACUUUAAGCCAGGUAAAGGACUGUCCACAACAAAAGAAAGACUUGAACGGAAACGGAAUACAAUAUCGCGGUUGCUGGAUAAUCAAGACAUAGUUUACUUCUGGGAGCAAUACAAAGAAGUAUUUAAUGCUGAUAGGCAGAGAGUAUGGGAUGCCCUUCUGGAAGGAAUGACAAGCUACCACGAGAUACUUAAGAAGCGUAAGCUUCUUUGUGAUGAGGUUGUAAGUCUUAGAAAGCAGAAUGACGAUCUGAAAAGACUACUAGCGAAUUAUAUUGACCACAAAAGGUUCAUGCCACCACCUUGCUCGGAUCAAGCAAACUGUCUCAAGACAUCUGCGCCGCCUUAUACCUCUUCCAAGUAGUUAUUUCUAUUUUUAUAAUUUAAAUAAAAUGGUAAAAGUAUCAAA